AUGCGGGACGAUGGCUCUGACGAGGAGCCUGUAGAUAUCAUUGGAGACAGCAAUGAUGACAUAGGUGCCAAUCAACAUACACAGCACGGGCCUUCAAGUUCUGGCACACAGCAGUACCCUCCACACUUCUCCACUCUAAACUUGGAGGCUCUGGGUCAACAGGCAGACGGAGGUAUUGAGUACAGAGUCUUGGAAUCGGAUCAUCUAAAUUCUAAAGGCACUUGGGAGGUUAGGAGGUACAAUGGUCUGCACACUUGCUUGGCCACCUCUAUUUCCAGUGAUCUCCAGCAGCUUGAUUACCACGUUAUAUGUGCGAGGAUUUAUCCGUUGGUUAGGGCGGAUGCUGCCGUUACGGUAAAGGUCUUGCAACAAGCAACAGAAGCCGAUUACAGGUUCAGUCCUAGUUACAGAAAGGUUUGGAUGGCAAAACAGAAGGCAGUAGCACAAAUAUAUGGAGAUUGGAAAGAGUCGUAUGCCGAGUUGCCACGUUGGAUGCUAGGGGUACAGUUGACCAUGGCCGGGACAGUAACUGUGUUGAAGACCUCUCCUGUUCAACUUGGGGAUCAGGUCGAUGAGUCAACAGUGUAUUUUCAUCGUCUUUUCUGGACAUUUUCACCCUGCAUCGAGGCCUUUCGGCAUUGCAAGCCCCUGGUGAGUAUUGACGGUACCCACUUGUAUGGCAAGUAUGGAGGCACAUUACUGUUAGCAAUAGCGCAAGAUGGGAACUCGAACAUCCUCCCGAUAGCCUUCGCCCUUGUGGAGGGAGAAAAUACGGAGUCAUGGCAUAAUGGCAUUAAGGCUGCCCUUGAGGCCCCUGAGAAUGGUUGGCUUCCUCCACGUGCUUUUCGAGCAUUCUGUAUUCAUCAUGUGGCAGCGAAUUUUAGCCUUAGCUUCAAAGGUAAAGAUGCAAGGAGGAUGCUGGUCAAUGCUGCCUAUGCAAAAACUGAAGCAGAGUUUUAUUACUAG